CUGAGGAGGCAGCACCAGAUGAAGUCUUGGACCACACAAGAACCUCCCUGAAUGAGGAGCCAAGAAGACUUGGCCCGCCAUGUGCACGCCCAGCAUGUGGGACCUGGAGGAGAUCUCCCUGGAGGAGGAUGACACAAACAGCCUGGAAUUUCAGAUCCUGGAGCACUAUACCAGGCACCACGUCUUCAAGAACACGCCUGCCGUCCUCUCACCAAAGCUGCUGAGAACGAGAAGUUUGUCCCAGAGAGGCCUGGGGAGUUGGUCAGCAAAUGAGUCGUGGACACAGGUGUCGUGGCCUUGCAGAAGUUCCCGAUCCAGUGAUAAGCCCAUAAACCUUGCCAAGAAAAAGUCUUCUUGGAGAUCAUUCUUUGGAGGAGCAGAGACAAAGGAAGGUUCGCAGAGCUCGCCUGCAGAGACCCGAGCCAAGAGUCAAAGGCGGGCGGAAUAUCAGGGGGGUCGUCUCACUCAGCAAGGGGCUAGGUCCUCUUCUAAGGUGGAGCUGUGCUUUGAGGUCAAAGCUGUGGACCCCAAAGUCGCAUCCGUUGCCAACCGAGUUGCUGAAAUUGUUUAUUCCUGGCCACCUCCAGAAGAGCACACCCAGGGAGGAAGCUUCAAGUCCAAGAGGAGCUUCGUGCCACAGUCCCUCCCCCACCAGCAGGGUCAGAGCUGCCAGCUUAGAGCCGCAAGUUCUAAGAAAGAUGGAGAAGACCAAAUAAUAGCCAAAAUCAUUGAGCUGCUGAAGUACUCAGGGGAUCAGAUGGAAACAGAGUUGAAGAAGGACAAGGCUUUGAUGAACGUCUUCCGGGGCGGCCUGUCCUACUCCCUUUUCAAGACCAUCACAGACCAGUUCCUCAGGGGUAUAGAUACCAGAGGAGAAUCAGAGAUCCGAGCUCAGGGCUUUAAGGCUGCUCUUGCAAUAGACGUCACGGCCAAGCUCACCGCCAUUGACAACCAUCCCAUGAACAAGGUGCUGGGUUUUGGAACCAAGUACCUGAAAGAGCACUUUUCACCUUGGAUCCAGCAACAUGGUGGAUGGGAAAAAGUACUUGGGGUAUCACAUGAAGAAGUAGACUGAAACAUCAGAAGAUGUGUAAUCUGGAAUACUCAUCAGCCAACUGUGGUCCUGGGUCCAUUGCCCUCAGCAUAGACUCCAGGAGAAAAUAAACACGUGCAAGGCAGACAGAGCACUGAAGUUUUCAAAACCAUUUCUCCCGUGAAUCAAGAGGCAUCAGGAGAGGCCUUGCUCAUGUGCAGCUCUUAGAGUGCAGUGGCCUGGCCUCGCUGGUCCAGUGGAGGCAGGUCCUCCACUGAACGGGUGAGAUCUGGGAAAACAAUAUUCCUCUCAAAUAUUCAGAGCAGAAACCAUCAUCCUGUCUCUGCCAGCCACCUUAGGAAAAGUGGUGCACAUCCUCGCUGACCUCACAAGGGCGAAAUGAUAAA